UCCGUCGAAAUUGGUUGAGCCGCCAUUACAUUCCAUUUUAGCGAAAGAGGAAAGCUAAGAGAAGGAGAGAUCUUCAAUCGAGCUUAAAUCGAAAGCUGAUUGCGUGAAAUCGAUCACAAGUUGAAAACUGAUUGCCUGGCUUGUCUCCUUCCCGUUCGAGCUUAAGUGACCAUCGCGAAGAUCUCUUAACCACUCGGCAAUUGCGGAUUCUCUAGAGUUGCGGCAAAGCCUUCUUCUAAUCUUCAGGCUUCAGAACUUCAUCGUAUUCACGAGUUCAAUUACCUUAGUUCUUUCCUUAGAUCUUUUCCUAAUGGUGAUUUGGAAAUCAGAACAAUUCUGGUUUGUCGCGGCCCAGGAAUGUCCUUCAAAUUGACGAGGCUUUUCCGUUUUCUUGUGCUAAGACCACCACCAAUUGCUUUUGUCGGUAUAAAAUAUCCACUGUCUAUUUCCCUUUCCUCUGAUUACAACUGCUGCAAUAAACCACUGUCCAUUACAACUAAAGUGAUGGGGGAUUCAUCAUUGUCAGCUCCUCUUUUAGUACUAUGUGGAAAGACUAGUGCCGAGAAAGAGUUGGCCAGAUCUUUGAAGGACAACAGCAAUUUGAAACUACCUGAGACUCCUUUAAUUUCUGUUAUGUUGCACUCAGAAAUCGAUAAGCCAGUCGAAGAAGACCAGUUUCAAAUUGACUUGUUUCUCAGAUCGCUUUCGACUACUCGCUUUGGCAGGUUGCUCCUUUGGUCUCCAUUGUUAUCAUCAACUCACGAUGUUGUCUCCCACAAUUUCUCCGAGCUCCCUAUUGGUGCGGUUUGUGUUGCUGAUUUUCAGUCCAAGGGAAGAGGAAGAUCAAAGAACGUAUGGGAAUCUCCAAAAGGGUGCCUUUUAUUUUCAUUUACAAUGCAGAUGGAAGAUGGCCGGAUUGUGCCCCUUGUGCAAUACGUAGCAUCUCUUUCAAUGACCGAGGCAAUAAAGGAUAUCUGUGUGAGAAAUGGCUUACCAAAUAUUGAUGUUAGAAUAAAAUGGCCCAACGAUCUAUACUUAAAUGGACUCAAAGUUGGAGGAAUUUUAUGCACAUCAACAUAUAGAUCAAAGAAGUUUAAUGUCAGUGCAGGAAUAGGCUUGAAUGUCGACAACAAGAAACCUACAACAUGCUUGAAUUCUGUGCUGCAAGAAUUGACCUCUACCUCAUUCCAAAUACGAAAAGAAGAAUUACUCGCUACAUUCUUUAACAAAUUUGAAACUCUUUUUGAUCUUUUCAUCAGCGAAGGCUUUAAGCCACUUGAAGACCUAUAUUACAAAACAUGGUUGCACAGUGGACAAAGAGUUAUUGUACAGGAAAAGGAAAAGGAUGAUGACCAGUUGACCGAAAUUGUAGCAACUAUACAGGGUUUAACAUCGUCUGGAUAUUUAUUAGCUGUCGAUGAAAGUGGUCAAAUGUGUGAGCUUCAUCCAGAUGGUAACAGUUUUGACUUCUUCAAAGGACUAGUGAAAAGGAAAAUGAGCUAAAAGAAUAUUUAUGGUUAGCGCGAGAUAGUCUUCUCGAGUAGUUUAUUUACUUAAACAUAUUAUAUUUUGUUGUUUGAAUGUAUUAUUCCGUUGUCAUUUAGGUUUUUACCAUUUUUUGUUGUUCUAAGGGAUUUAUUUAUAAAAUGG